AUGACAGCCAAGGACCCUGCCAUUGGGACGGCUUCGGAGACCAUGAAGGAACCUGGGACCCAGUCCGAGAGUUUGGAGACUGCCGACGCCUCGACUGGUACAAUUUUCUCCAAGAUCAGUGGCUGGUAUGCCAGACCUCUCUUCCAGCUGGUCAUGGUCGCCCUGAUCUGCUUUUUGUGCCCGGGCAUGUUCAAUGCCCUAAGCGGCAUGGGAGGAGGUGGACUGACCGAUGCGACCCUGGUGGACAAAAUGAACACUGCUCUAUAUGUCACCUCUGCCUUUACCAGUUUCUUUUCCGGUACGAUCGUGAAUCGACUUGGUGUGCGACUCACGCUCGCCUGUGGAGGUAUCGGUUACUGCAUCUAUGUCGCCAGCUUACUUACCUCAUUACACAAACACGUCCCCGGUUUCAACAUCUUCGCUGGCUUCUUUCUCGGUGUGUGCUCGAGCUUACUAUGGACUGCCCAAGGCACUAUUAUGGUGUCGUACCCGUUGGAGCACCAAAAGGGGCGCUUUUUCACCUUGUUCUGGUCCAUCUUCAAUGUUGGAUCGUGUGUUGGUAGUCUGAUUGUCCUUGCCAACAGCAUUAACGAAAAGAAAAACGUCAACGUACCAGACAGCACUUAUAUCGUUUUUGUCGUUCUGACAUUUAUGGGCUCUGUGAUUGGGCUCUUCAUGGCCGAUGCAAAGAAGGUGGUCCGAUCGGAUGGGUCGAGAGUCGUUUUGAUGAAGAAUCCAAGUUGGAAGUCUGAAUUUAUCGGUCUCUGGAUGACCCUGCGCAGUGAACCAUCUGUCUUGCUACUUUUCCCCAUGUUCUGGUCAUCCAACUGGUUCAUCUCCUAUCAGACCAACUCCGUCAAUAGCGCUUUUUUCAACACCCGCACCAAAGCGUUAAACACCUUCCUCUAUUACAUAGCUCACAUCCUCGGAGCCUGUUUUAUUAGCACCAUGGACUUGAACUACUUCCGCCGCACCAUCCGUGCUAGGGGAAUGCUUGUCAUUCUCUUCAGUCUGACCAUGAUCAUUCAUGGUGGCGGCUAUGUCUUCCAAAAACAGUACACUCGUCCUCCAGGCGGCGUAAAACCGUCAAUCAAUACGGACUGGACGGAUUCCAACUAUGGCGGACCGAUGUUCUUGUACUUCUCAUAUGGCUUCUAUGACGUGGUCUGGCAGGGUGCAGUAUACUGGUAUAUUGGAACGAUCAGCAACUCUGGUCGAAAGAGCGCCAACUACGUUGGCUUCUACAAAGGCAUCCAGUCUGCCGGUGCUGGUGUCAUGUGGGCAUGGGACUCGACACACCCAGCGUAUAUGGCCGAGUUUGCUAGCAACUGGAGCCUUUUGGCCGGCUCUGUCAUCUGCGCUGCUCCUUUUAUUUGGCUUAAAAUCAAGGACCAUGUUGAUGUGGAAGAGGACUUGGUAGGCACAGACGAAAAACUCGAGGAUGUGAAGCCUGUCAAUACAGAAAUGCGCGAUCACGUAGCUUGA